AACAGGACACCUGUUCAGGCAGGAUGAUGGCCUGGCUGCUUUAAUUACUGUGAGCUGGUGUCAGUGAUGUGUUUAUAACAGAUGUUUCUCUGUCUGUCCUGCAGUCAUGCGUGUCACUCCAGGCAGAGAGUUUCAGUCCUGUGUACCAGAGAAGAGUGCGGUCUACGCCAGGCGGUGGGCCUUCACCCUCACAGGAAGAAGCGGAUUCUGGGUGGCCGGGUGUCCCGGCGGGGGGCGUGGCCCUGGCAGUGCUCGCUGCAGAGCGGUCAGAGCGGACACGUCUGCGGCUGCGUCCUCAUCGCCCGGAAGUGGGCUCUGACAGUCGCACACUGCUUCGAGGGGAGAGAGAGUGCAGACCUGUGGAAGGUGGUGCUGGGCAUUAACAACCUGGACCACCCAGGAGCUCACAGUCAGAGCCGAGGGGUGCGCUCCAUCAUCGUACACCCGCGCUACAACCGGGCGGUGGUGGACUACGACAUCAGUAUAGUGGAGCUGGACUCUGAGAUUGAGGAGACGACCUUCGUCAGACCGGUGUGUCUUCCUCAGCCGGGCCAGCUGCCUUUACCCGACUCCUACUGUUACAUCACCGGCUGGGGUCACAUGGGCAACAGGAUGCCCUUUAAACUGCAGGAAGGGGAGGUCCGGAUCAUCUCUUUGUCUCAGUGUCAGUCCUACUUCGACAUGAAGACCAUCACUCCCAGAAUGCUUUGUGCCGGCUAUGAAGCUGGAACCGUCGACUCCUGCAUGGGUGACAGCGGCGGCCCACUGGUGUGUGAGGAGAGCAGCGGUCGCUGGACGCUGUUCGGCCUGACGUCGUGGGGCAGCGUGUGCUUCAGUAAAGUGCUCGGACCCGGGGUUUACAGCAACGUCACGCACUUCACCCCCUGGAUCCAACAGCAGAUCUACAUCCACACAUACCUGACCGACUGACACAUACGCUCACUCACCUGACACUUCCUGCUCCAAGCUCUCAUUCAUUCCAGAAGGAAGUGAUGUCAUCAUCAGCCACAACGCACGUUCAGUUCCUUAACCUGUGCCUAUACUGAUAGCCUUCAGACGCUGUGUGAGCAGCAGCUGAUGUUGUCGGUGAUUGAAAGUUACAUCCAUACAAUCAGUCACUGAACUCUGAUCUUAUUGUUUUCAUUACUCGACACAUUCAAACCUACAAACAUCACAGAAACAAAAACAUAACCUCUGUGACGGUUAACCAACGCUCAGUGCUUCAUGCUGGACUUUAUACUAAGAUACUUUUAAAUUAUGUAGUUCGAACCAACCGUUAAACUUCCUGGGGCUGAAAAAACGACGAAGCGUCAAAGACGGCAGUUCCUCUGCUGGGCUUCAUCUCAGCUAACUGAAGUCACAGAAAACACCCAGGACACUUUCACUUUUCAAUUCAAUUUAUUUCAGUUCAACUUUAUUUAUAUAGAACCAAAUCACAACAACAGAUACAUCAAGAUGCUUUAUAUUGUAAGGUAAACAGUAAAGUCUGUUUAAACUCUGGUUAAACUCCAUCAUGAGACAUUCAGCAGUGGUUUCAUUUCACAGCUUUUGCUUCUGUCACAAACUACACUAUCCUCACACAGACCUAACAACUGCUCAAAGAAGUGUAUCCCCAGAUCAGCUGGUGAGUGGUUACUGGAGUUGGAUGGGUGAAACUGGUUAAAAAGAUGCUGCUCAAAACCUCUAGUUUGACCAGUUCAACCAGUCCAAGCCAAACAGAUUGCAAAGGUUGCAUCGAAGCUUGUCUGCAACUGCUCACCAAGCAGAAGGAAAACGUAAAAGUGUGAUGUUUGACGUGCAGUCGGCGAGUAGUUGCAGGUUGGAGGUUGCGAACCAGCCUCCAGGCCUGUGUGAGAGAGGACUUAGAGCAGUAGUUCAAACUCAACAUUGUGAUGUUCAUGUGUAUCAGAUGGCACAUGGUCUGUUACUCCAUAAACUACUUUUUCAAACUUUAAAUCAGCAUUAAAGCAGAAAAACUCCAUUUCACAGUCAUUUUCUCCGGCUACUUUGCCAGAAAUACUCCUCAAGAUUUCUGAAGAACAUUGUCUUAAGGAGGAGCUAAAACAGCUUGUUUCAGACAUGGCCCAGUAUAAGUUAAAGAAGGAUUAUUAUAAAGUGUGACUCAUGCACAGCUACUCUAGAAACAUCAAGGAAUACAUAUAUGGAGCUGGAAAUGAGCAGGAUAGAUUCACUUACUUACCUAACUCAUUAAUCCCUAUUUUAAAAAUUAUUUAAUAACAGCAAUUAACAGAUUAAUGAUAGUUUUGCAGCUGUGAUACAAAAUUGUGUUUGUGUUAAACAUCCUGUAAGCAGAAGCUAAAUCUGCUAUUUCAGAGAAGAUUGAGGACUGUUUCCCGGACAGUAGCUGUGAAACCGAACAUUUUAAUGAUAUUAAGGCGUUUAGCGCUGAAGCUGCUAAAACAGACCAGCCGAGCACUCAUUUUCCCACAAUGCUUCACUCUAUAGUGCCUAGCAGUAAAAAAAAAAGAAACAAAACAAAAACAAAAACAAAUUUGUUACUUGUACAAUGUCGUACUGUACGUGUGUGUGUGAGUGUAAGCUGCUGUGUGAGCGUCAGAAAGUGCUUCAAACCACACUGGCAAUUUAUAUCGGGCAACUUUGAUGGUCAACAUGUAACUUUGUUCUCGCGGCUGCUAGUUACAUUUAUUUUCUUUCAGACAGAAACCUGUAACUGACCCCCCCGACCCCAGUCGUGCUGUAUAAUGGCACAUGAAGAUGUAACACAAGCUUUAUUUUUGUAUAUAGCAUACACCGAUGUAGUUUUAAGCUGUGUUUAUUCAUGUUUGUUUACGAUAAUGAAAAAUCAGAGGUGAAGUUAGAACAAUGCAGAUCAUUAGCCUUUAAAGUUUCUGGCUUACAGAUAUAUCGUUAGUAACGUAAACAGUUAAUAACACGCUUAUUAUAAAUGAUAAAUCAGGGGACUUGAAGUAAAGUUUUACCCAGUUUUUAUCUAAAAGUAACCUAAAUGUUCAUCAAAGUGGAUAAAGCGCAAAAAAGCAAAUAUUUAAACUGCCUGUGAAGUAUAACUUUAAUGUAUUGCUAAUGUGGAAACAUUAGUGUUAAUCCAAAUGUUAACAUAAGACUUAUGAGCUUUAUCUCAUGUAUCAGACGGUCAGACUGUAGUUUAAAGCUAGCAGACUCACUAACACAAACGAUUAACUGCCAAAUUAGCGCCAGCUAGAUUACGAAGCACAAAUGUAGCACAGUAUAGAGCGUUUAAUGAUGUGUUUUCAUAGCGUUAGCACUAAGCUACAUUAGCUUUUGCUGUGUAUUUACAAGCCGUUUAGGUCCAACUGUUCAACAGUAACAGUUUUCACACCGUAGCUGAACUAGAAGGAGGAAAAAAGUUAUUAAGACUUCAUUAAAACUCACAACAGACGGUUUGUUUGCAGUUUACGUGUCUUGACGGCGUUUUUUUAGAUGACUCUUCAAACAUGGAGAGGGUUGGGGGAAAAAAAUGGUUGAAUUUUCUUUGUUGCAGUACUCCGAGUGAUCACCGGGGUGUUGCCUCUAUUUACAUACACAUGUUUACCACAUUUAUGCUUUAAGCUAACUGCCUCACACUGAAUUCACUGAAAUAUUAAUGGUAACUGUUUUUGUUUGUUUGCCUCAUAUGUGUGACAAAAAUACUCACACAGACAGCAAAGAAGCAUCAAUACAACAGAGUAAAACCCUAACUCAUACUGAGGCCUCAGUCACACAGGCCUAGAGACACUCAGCAACCUCUGGUCACAGGGGGAAACGUGUAUUCCUCAAUCGGUUGGCAAGUGGUUGCUAGCUGUUGCCAGGUGAAAUCAGUCACAACAAAGGUGAACCACCAAAAAUGUCCACGUGAUGGUUGGUUGUUAGCAGUUUGCAGUGACUCCUUCUAAUUUGUCUGCAAGACAUAUUCUCAUUUUUCCCUGGCACACAGUGGUUGCCCGGUGGUUGCCAACCAGUCUCUAGGCCUUGUGACUGGAGCCUUAGACUUCUGGGAGAUCUGGUGGAGCUAGUGGACAUGCAGGCGGUGAUUCCUGUUUUUCUCCACCAGAGGCUCCAAAAGGCUGAAUGCUGGUCAUAAUACACCCUGCAGUUAUCUGGGCUUUUGUUUCAGAAAGCAGGUUUAGUGAAAACUCUGAGUUUGUUAAACCUGAGACAUAAGUUUAAAACAAAGGUGGAAAUGUUUCACUCAUCGUGUCCACUAAUGAAUAAUUGGAGGCUGUGAAUUUGUUUCACUUGGCGAGAUCAACAUUUUAGCACUUCUCCCCAUUUUGACUCCCUGUUAACCCAGUGGAAGAGUUGCCCAACGAAUUGCCCCGUUGACCUUCUGUGCUGAGGUCGGACUCACAUCCAGAACAUUCCAAGUUGCUGCUGCUGAUGUUGUUUUGUGUGUUUGGUUUUUUAAGAGUAUUUUUCUACAGCGUUUUGUAUGUCAUGCUUCUUACACAGGGCUGUCAGUGUGUGUGUGUAUGUGUGUGUGUGAGCACACAGUCACAUGUACGGACUGUGUGUUUGUUUCUUCCUGAUUUAGCUGUUAUGACUUUGUUAUCAUGAUGAUGAUGAUGAGUAAUGUUUGAUUAUAUGGAUUCAAAUGCUUUAUGGACAGACUGUAGCCUUUAAUGUUUGUGUAAACAGUGAAUAUUUGGUUUAUAUCAUCUUGUAUCACACUAAUAAACGUAUACACACA